GCGUUGUGACUUUUUUGGAUGUACGUGUUUGCCCCCAAUAUUUGGUAAUGGUUAUACUAUAGUUGAUUUUGCAUUGGGACAUAUGUAUCAACUUGUUUGGAUGUACUUGUUUGCCUCCAAUAUUUUGGUAGUUAGGAACCUAUCUGGAAGAAAGAUUCAGUAGUACUAAGUCAGUACUACUGUACGGACAAAAGAUGCAGUUGUGCUGUAGUACUUGGAAGUCUUGCCUACGUUCAGUAAAGCAAAAAAUCUGAUGCGUGCAAGGAUAUUUUGACUUGAGAGGGUAUACCAAGUCCAAUUGACACCUGGCAAAAAUUGAUAGCUUGUUUGAUUCUCAACUUUUAUAAUCUGUUACACUACUCUUUUAUCUCGUGUCAAGGUGCUUUUUCAGAAACUACUUUCGGACUGUAGCAAUUUGUGUGUGACUAAUCAAUUGGAAAAAUAUUAUUUUCAAUAUUAAAGCAAUAAUUGUAGUGUAGCACAAGCGAUUUGGGAAAAACUUGCAUGAAUUUGCGUUACUAUACAAAAGUAGUCGUUCGUGUUAUUUUAUGUGUUGUCAUUUUUUUAUCCGUCAAAAAAGAAUGUCAUCUUUCUUUAUUUGACAACUAUUUAAAAAUACUGUUUUACUUUUACCCUUAUUGAUUCAACUUAAUUAAAAAGAGUAGUAAUACAUUUUCAAUGAAGGAUAAUUUGGUAAACAUUAUCAAGGUUUUUUUUUUUUUUUUUUAAAUUCAUGUCCGAACAAACUAUGCCAUAUAAAAUGGACGGAGGAAGUACUCCCUCCAUCCCAUUUUAUGUGUUAUAGUUUGACCGGACACGGAGUUUAAAAAAUAAGUAAAAGCUUGAUGCUUAUUAAAAUAAUGUGUUAUUAUUAUUUUUAAUUAAGUAGGGCAUUAUAAGUGGACCAAUAAGGGUAAAAGUAGAAUUGAGUUUUUAAAUAGUUAUCAAAUAAGGAAAUGUGAUAUUUUUUUUUGAGGGAGUAUUUUAUUUAGAAAGUUUGGCCAAACAUUUCAAUUCUUUACAAUAAGCCUUUUUUCUAAAAAAAAUUAAUAAAAAUCAUUUUUAGCUUCUCGAAAGCUCGGUCAAAUGGGAAAUUGGUUGGUUACUUGAACUUUUGCUUUGGCCGUGAGGGUUCGAUUUCCACCUUUUUAUCCCCUCCGGCCUACACCAAUUAUUGUUGUUAUUUUUUGAAGCUUGGCUAAACACACUAUAAGUAAGGAAGAGCAAGAAAAUCCAUUUUCAGCUGCUAUUUAGUGUUUAGUACUGCUUGAGCAUCCGAGACAGUAAAAGUGAGGAAACAAGAAGUGGGACUCCUUAUAAGUUGUAACUUGAUUUAGCAAAAGUUGGAAUGGAUAGUAGGCUAUUUGAUGCAUCGCGAACAGGAAACGUUGAAGAGCUGAUGGAGCUAUUAAGAUGUGAUCCUAUUAUCGUUCGCCGCGUUGGCUUAAUUGAUGGUGAUUCACCCUUGCACCUUGCUUGUAUGGGUGGCCACUUCAAUUUUGUGAAAGAGCUCCUCAAGUUAAGGAAAGAAUUAGCUGGGGAGAUGAACCAGAAUGGUUUCAGUUGCUUGCAUAUUGCUGCUGCCAAUGGGGACUUGCAUAUUGUCAAGGAGAUGUUAAAGGUGGACACUGGUUUGUGCCUUGUGAAGGGCAGGGAGAGAAGGAUUCCUCUUCACUGUGCUAUUGUCAAAGGCAGAGUUGAUGUCAUCAAGGAAUUGCUCUCUGCCUGCGUUGAAUCUGUUGAAGUUGUGACUUCUCGCGGUGAAACAGCGCUCCACCUUGCUGUCAAGAACAGUCAGUUUGAAGCGUUGGAAGUGUUGAUCAAGCACAUCAAGAUGUUCAACAAGAUGGAAGUCUUUCAUAAACAGGAUGAGCUAGGAAAUAGUGUCUUGCACCUUGCAGUGGCAAGGAAACAGCACGAGGUGGUGGAUCUGUUGCUGAAUGGGAGCUUAGCAGCAAGUUGGGCAGUUGGAAUGAAUUCUUUAAACCAAAUGGGAUUCACAGUUCUUGAUGUCUUUUUUCUUUCUCAAAGUGAAGCUGGUGAUAGGGAAAUUGCGGACAUUCUUCGACGAGCUGGAGCCCUUAAGGCCACAGACGUGGUAGGAAUGCCCAGCAAAUCAUGUAAUCAAAUUUGUGCAUCAAAUAGCCAACAUGGGGAGGUACUGCCUAGGCGGAAACUGAAGCGUGGGUGGUUUGUCGACUUCCUAAAAUAUGACAUAGAUAGAGAUAGCGCAGAAUCUGUAAGAGAAAUACUGGUUGUGGUCAUGAUGCUCAUGGCUAUGCUCACUUUCCAAGCUGCUCUUAAUCCUCCUGGCAACUUACAACAGCAGCAACCUAAUAUUAGUGUUAUUGAUAAUAUUGUUGAUCACCUGAUUCACUAUUCAUCACACAUAUUCUUGUUUUUCAACUCACUCGGGUUCUUCAUCAGCCUCCACGUGUUUCAUAUCAUUACACGGGCAUUUCCCCUGCGACUUGAGCUGCUACUUGCUGUUUCUGCAAUUGGGAUAACUUACAUCAGUUGCCUAAUGAUCAAGUUGCCAACCUACUUCUGCUAUUAUCUCUGUGUGGGCGUACCAUUCUUACUUGCCUUUGUUCUCAACCUCUCACGUUCGGCAGAUUUACGUCCAUCCAAAACUGCAUCAGCCCAACCUUCACUGGUUAACCAAGCUUGAAGGAUUAUAUAUUUGAAUUUACUCUUACAAUUGUAUGUCGGUAUUCUGGAGAGUCUUAGGAUUUGACUAUGUAUCCGAGUAUAUAUGAGUUAUAGUGUAUCUGAUUAUAUAUAGGUUAUAACUAUUGGGUUCAAUUGAACGUGUGAGUGGAAAAUGGAGAGAAUUAUUGGAGAGAAAGUGAGCUCACACUUAAAGAAAAGUGUAUUCACUUAAAGGAAAGUAUCCUUCUUCCACAUUGGUGGAAUAUCGGUGGGAGAAGGAUACUUUAAAUACACUUUCCUUUUAAGUGUGAGCUCACUUUCCCUCCAAUAAUUCCCUCCAUUUUUCAUUCACAUUGCGGGAAAA